AGCAUCCAGCAGGUUCUGUCUCACUGCAUCCUGUCCUGCUGCAGCUGCUUCUCUCUCUCUCUCUCUCUCUCUCUCACUCACUCAGUCUUUUUCUUGCACGCUCAGUCCACCGUUCUGUUCAUCAAAGGUGCCUCAGAGUCUUUCUGCCUGCCUGCGUUAUCCCCUCUCUCUCGUUCUCAUCCUCCCUCGCUGAGACUCUAUUUACACACUUACACACACACGCGACUACACACACGCACACAUAUUCACACAGAGAACCCGCCACACUCUGUCUACUCCAUCCUGACCAGUGUCCAGCAUCUGCUCCGCACGCAGCAUCCAGGAUGGAUGUACUAAUGAAGGGAUUUUCCAUGGCCAAGGAGGGAGUGGUGGCCGCUGCUGAGAAGACCAAGGCUGGAGUGGAGGAGGCGGCUCUGAAGACCAAAGAGGGGGUCAUGUAUGUGGGCAAUAAGACAAUGGAGGGAGUUGUAUCAGGUGUCAACACAGUGACGAACAGGACCACAGACCAGGCAAACAUAGUGGGUGAUGCAACGGUGGCAAGUGCUAAUGACCUGGGCCAGAAGACGGUGGAGGGAGUAGAGAAUGUGGCUGCGUCAACUGGCCUGGUCAAUCCGGACGAGUCUGUAUAUGAGGCCGACUUCUCCCACGGCGGCAUGGAGGGUGGAGAUGGUGGGCAGGGCUAUUAGGCCGGAGCCUGGAACCUCUCUCCGUCCUCAGACUGUCCUCCUCUCAGAGACCCCGCUCCUGUCGCCUCACGCCACACUUCAGAUAUUUUUGUGACAGUAUGGAACAACCAAAACAGAAACAGACUUUCCCAGGCCUUCAUGCCCGUGUUGUUUGCUUUGUGUCUAGCGCUCCCCUCUCCCCACUGCUCCAGUGUUGGUGUCAUCAUGCUACUGUCCUAGUGUUGUCACCCCAGCCUCUUCACUAAAACACCUCAGUACACACACAUACAUAUACACAAACACAUACGUUACACUGAACAAAUAAGAGAAAGAAGAAGGUUGAGACUGUGGCUUGGACCAAGGAUGGAAGAUGCCUGUCAAUACAUUUCAUUCCAUUAGGACAGGUGGCGAUGCGUGUUAGGCCACCUUCUUAUUUGAACAUUGUUGUCUUUGAUGUUGCAGUGUUUGCAGUAAUGGGGUGUGCGUACCCUUAGAUAUAUUACAUUCCUUUAGCCUAGAAUGAGUGACAGAACUGGAAUUACUGUGUUCUUGAUCACAAACAGACUUGGAGUGAAAUGUUCAGAGAAUUCUGUAAGUUCACACUGUAUACAUAUCUCCUGGAAAAGAAAAGAUAAACCUGUCCAGUCAGUCUUACAGGCUUGCACUGAUUCUUUUGCUUGUCCUUGUACAGUUAUGAUGAGGCAAAAGUUGAUCAGCAAGGGUCAUUUAUUCAAAAGAAGCAAUAUCUUCAAUGGCUUCUUCUACUUGUGUCUGAAGAAGACAAAAACAGAGCUGGUUAAAGAGAGAAAGCAGAACUUAUCCCACUCUGUUGUCUUUAUUUUUGUUGCAAUGCAUGUCGUGCAUUUGGUGUGCCAGCAUAACAGAGAUUUAAAAUGCCUGCAACAUUAAGCAAUAGCCCUACCAUUGCGGAGUGUGGCAAUGGUUCGUUCUGUAGCAAUUUGCAGAUGAGUUUCUAGCACUGUGUUUUACUUAUAGAAUGUGAAGAAGUGCUGAUAUUUGCCAAUAAGAAGAAUGUCUUAACCAUCUAUUGACCUGUUAAUUCGCCUCACACUUCAACUGAAUCCCCUUCUUCAGCCUGUCACUCAGCGGUGUCCCACCCCACCCUUCACUCUGAAGCCAUCUGGAAUUGAAGACUGCAUGUUGCCUUAUCAGCACUCCAGUAUACUCACAAGUACACACACACACACACAUUUCUCUGACAUAUACGAACACACAUACAAAUUCAGAAGUUUUCCUCACACAUUCAUUACCUAAGAUACACACAUACAUGCAAACACAUAAGUACAAACACAAACAGAUACACAAAUGUGCCCCCAAACCAAUUAAGUUGGCAUCGAAGCCGAAAAGCUGGUUUUAUAAACAGUAAAAAUGAAAUAAAGUUUUGUUGAAAUCUA